AAAUGUAUUCCAGCGGCUAGGAAUUUUCUGGAUUCUUAAACUUGGAUAUUAAUAUGAAGACGCUCUACAAGCGGGAAAACAUCAGCUGAACAAAGAAAAAAUAUUUGGAGUAAUAUGGUUAUAGAGGGAAAGGCAGAUCAGCAAUAAGUAGGAAAUCGUUUUGCUUGUCUCUGAUUUUUCUUUCUGUUGAGACUGUUCUAUCUCGGAUCAUUGACGCCUUGCGUUUAGGUGCUAAUUCAGACUCAGUAUCAAUUCCAUAGUUUCUCGGCUACACUUUUCAAUUUGCGUUUUAAUUUCUGCUGUCGCCAUUUACCGACGUUAGUUUGUCGACGACCAUGUCUACGACAACAACUUUCUCAACCAGCACACAGAUUGGAGAUCGGAUUGCAAUGGAGGGCAGUAGGGUCGGACCACAGCAUCUUUUGCAGUUGAGCGAGGAUCAGAGGCGUAACUUUGCCGACUCCUUCGACUCAGUGUUUAGCGACAUAGAUGGGGUCCUGUGGACCAUGAAGGACUCGAUUCCAAAUUCCGCCGAAGGAUAUGCUGCUCUUGAAAAGAAUGGCAAGCAGUUGACCUAUGUAACCAACAACAGUGUGCUCACGGAGGAGCAGCGCAUAAAACGCUUUGCCGAGAUCGGGAUGCAGGUGCUACCGGAGCAGAUUUGGCAUCCGGCAAAGUCAAUUGUGGCCUAUCUGCGUGGCAUUGAUUUCCAGGGCCUUAUCUAUGUCAUUGCCAGCCCAUCUUUUAAGACAGUGCUGUGCGAGGCAGGAUUCCAGUUAUUGGACGGGCCCAAUGAAUCCAUUGAGAGCAACUAUGCUAGUCUGGCGAAGCACAUUUUCGACCAGCAGGAGGUGCGUGCCGUGAUUAUUGACGUGGAUUUCAACCUGAGCUACACGAAGUUGGCUCGAGCUCAUCAGUAUCUCCGGAAUCAGGAAUGUCUAUUGAUUGGAGGUGCCUCCGAUAUCAUGCUUCCUGUGGCCAAGGAUUUAAAGAUCAUGGGCCCGGGAUCCUUUGCAAAUCUGCUGAUGGAUGCCAGUGGCAAAAAGGUCAUCACACUGGGCAAGCCAGGUCGCCAACUGGGCGACCUUCUCGUCCGUCACUAUAAGAUCGAUCAGCCUAGGCGGGUACUCAUGAUAGGUGACAUGUUGACCCAGGAUAUUAGCUUUGGCCGCCAGUGUGGCUUUCAAACUCUACUGGUCCUCAGCGGCGGAUGUAAACUGGAGCAGCUCAUGGCGGAGAAAGAUCCAAGCCGGAUUCCGGAUUUCUAUGUGGACAGCAUUGCCGACUUGGCCCAAGUUAUGGGCUAAGCACACGUUUCUUCACGUUUAUAUUUCCAUCACUUCCAUCACAUUUAGCUAUCAUUUAUUUUGAAAGAUAUGAGGAGAUAAUCUGUUACUAAUUUUAAAUUAUUUGUAACUUAUAUUCAAGCGCUCAUUUAUGUGUA